AUGCCCACACCGACCAGCGAUGGAUCACAAACGAGCAGCGGCCCUGCAUCAUUCCUGCGUAUUCCACCGCCUCUGAAAAGACUAUUCGACCGGUUCCCUCUAACGACGUAUCCCGCCAAUGAUCUACCCCAUCGGGUUCCAUCGAAACGCGCCGACAACCAGCUCUUUGUGUUCAGCGAUGCCGCGGGGGCGCGGCGAGGCCGCCCGUCCUUUAAUCCGCAAUGUCUCAAGUGGCAGGCCUACCUGAAAUUUGUCGGCGUCGACUUUGAGAUUACCCCUUCCAACAACCAUGCCUCGCCGACUGGCGCUCUCCCUUUCCUCCUGCCCGCCUUUCCCACAGAAGCAGCGGUCACAAUACCCUCACACAAGUUGCAAAAAUGGGCGAUUGAGCAGGUUCACUGUGAAGAGGAACAACAGCUGGACCUCCGCUUUGAUGUGUACGCAUCACUGCUGGACCAUCGGAUACGUAAUGCUUGGCUCUACACGCUAUACCUCGAUGAUGCGAACUUCAAGUCUGUCGCGCAACGACUCUACGUGAACCCCUCCACCACCUCCUCGCUUGUCCGAGCCAGUCUUGCCUUCCAACUGCAGCAGGCUGCGCGCGACGAAUUGCUCAAGACAACUUCCUAUAUCGACGUCGCUGCCAUAGAAGGAGAUGCACAGAAUGCCUUUGAGGCGCUCUCUACGCUUCUAGCCGAGAAUGAGCACUUUUUCGGUCGCCCGAACCCCGGCCUCUUCGAUGCGGCGGUGUUCGCAUAUACACAUCUCAUUUUGGACGAAGGGUUGGGGUGGAAACACAAUAGGCUGGCUCAGAUGCUGCGACAGCACACCAACCUUGUACAACACCGCGAGAGACUGCUGAAAUUUUUCUAA